UGUUAGAUUACCACCUCGACGACAACGGCCAUCGCGUUGUCAGCUUGGCAGUAAUUCGCUUCCCCAGUCGGUCCCCGUAAUUCACACACGCACCGGCGCUCAAGGCACACUCGUAGUCGCACCCGUCGUUUAACCGUACCGAGAAAGUGCCAAGUUUCCUGGACUACGCACGCUUGUCGUUCGUCAUGCAGAGCACGCCCGCCUCGAAUCUGCCCGGUGCCGAGACGCGCCGAGACACCGAGAAGACCGCCAUUUUCGUGAAGGAUGCGGCGCCGAAGAUCACGAAGUACUCGCUGGCCGACUCGGCCGACGAGUCGCACAGCACUAUGGAUUAUCAUGUCGAGAUAAUCAGCAAGAAUGACAAGCUGAGGGUACUGAAGUUCCUGAGGAGGUUCUUCUUCAGGGACGAGCCGCUCAAUCAGAGUGUCCAGCUGAUCCCGGAGGGUGAAGACAGCACCUGCGCGGAGCUGGAGGACUACUGCAGCAACGCCUCGUUCGACAAUAACUUCAGUCUGAUGGCGGUGUCCGCGAGCGGGGCGAUCGUCGGAGUGAUACUCAACGGCAAAAUGGAUCCGCCGUCGAGCGAAGAACCAGAAUACAUACGGACCUGCGCAAACGCAAAGUUCAAGAAGAUACUGCGACUACUGCACCACGUGGACAGAAGAGUGAACGCGGGCGGACAGUUUCGGGACCAGAACAUCAUGGAGAUUAGGAUAAUCUCGGUGGACACGAACUGGAGGGGACAAGGCAUCGCGAAGGCCCUCAUAGAAAAGACGGUGGAGAUUGCGAAGGAACAAGGGUUUCAUUACGCGAGGGCCGACUGCUCGUCCAUGUUCUCCGGCAAGCUCUGCGCCCGACUCGGCUUCAACGCGGUGUACAAACUCGACUACAGCGACUACGUGGAUGAAAGUGGAAAGGCCGUUUUCUCACCCGCGUCACCUCACACGACGAUGACCACAUACGUGAAGAAGUUAUAAGAAUCGCGUCAAAAGUCACCUUCGAAAGCAAUCCAGCACCCGAUAUGCGAAAACGUUCGUUUUAAGGAGAGACGAGACGUCACGUUGGAGACGCAUAUAAGCUAAUAUAGUAGCGAUUUCUUAAACGUGACUGGAGAAUCGCCGUGUAUUUUGUAACUUUGUAUUGUAAGCGACACGACAACAAUUUCAAGAGGUAUAAAUUUCGGAAUAAACGAGGAACUAGUUGCAAUUA